AUGGACCACCCGACUCUGCAGGCGAGCUUGGCGAAGGUCGCUCCCUACAUCAAUGAGACGAUCGCAAAGUUCAGAGAUGGCGACUGCGAGGCAUUGAAAGCGAAGUCCCACGAAUUGAUAGAGCAGUUGUUGGCCAAUGAUCUUGCGGUCAAGGAAGUUCACGAUUGCAAAGAAGUCGGCGUUCAUUGCGACAACAGAGACGGCAUUGGGAUUGAAGUUCCCGAUGUGCACGUUCUCAUUCAACGGAUUUGCCAGGCGGGCUGGGACCCGAGGGUCCCGACAGCGAUUGCGUUCGAGCGGCCUGACGGCCCGCAGGGCAAGAAGAUGAUGGAUUUCAACUUGAAGCUGAUCGCCGACAGCGACGGGCACCUCGCGCCUCUGAUCGACCAUGAGGUCAAGAUCUUCUCCGUGAGCUCGUCCCACACGGUCGCGGGCCACCGUUGCGUUAGGCAUGGAUCUCUUACUACGUUGAGCGACACUUUCUCCACUGACUCGAAGCUUGCAGCCGAGAAGAUCAAGCAGAGGUUUCCAGCCUACAGGUCCCCGCUGGAAGAUGGGAUGACCUGGGUUGUGAUCAGGCGCCAGGUGGAACAGGCGUGCCCUCAGCUGCCAGACUUUAUCCAGGCUUCCGAGAACGCAGGGCACGGAGUUGAACAGGCUGCCUCGAAGCUGCAGGUGAUGAAGCGCAUUCACAGUCGCGCAACCGCCAACCAGAAAUCGUCGGGCGAGCCAUGCUGGGAGAGGAUUGCGCGAUCGAUCGAGCAGCAGUCGCACCACAUGGCUGGUCAAGCCAUGGACGUGUGUCAUUUCGUGAAGGCCUACAGUGGCGGCGACCCGCCAGUGCAUUUGAACGACCUCGACAAUUGGAGCAAAACGUUGAAGUGGAGGCGGGAUAUUCACGGCAGCACUUUCAAGUUCUUAGCCGCCACGCCGUUCAGUCAAGGACCUGAGUAUAUUUUCGCUGCACUCAAAGCGAUGAUGGUAGCGCCAGAACAAGCCGUCAGAGAUGGUUUCUCCAGGCUUUUCACCAGCACGGACGUCGCAGCAAUCGCCGGCUCGAAGAAGGGCCUUGCCAUCAAGAUUGUCACCUACAUCCGCACGGGCCGUGAGUGGCUGGACAAGAGCUCGAUCCCGCCCUCCAAGAAGCUCAAGAUCAGGGGCGACUUCGAGGUGGCAGCGGUCAUGUUCGCGCACAACAAGAAGGCGAAGGGCCGCCCGAUCUACAACAACAUUGAGGAGGUUGCGGCGAGCUUUAUUCAGGCGGCGUUCGACGCGGACCCUGAGCUCAGGAAUAGCACCCUGCCGUGGCCGCACAAGGAGACGCCCGCGGUUGCGCGGGCGACGGGCAGCUCCAUGGUGCAGUUCGGCGGUGAAGGCGUUGGACCUGAGACCCUCGAGCAGUGCGGCAUCCAAAUCGGCUCCGAGCUCGAGCUGAAGAUGAAGGACAGCGACGAGAGCAAGGGCAGCAAGGACACGUUCAAGCUCGUUGCCAUCAAAGGCAGCACGGCCACGCUCGAGAAGGUAUGCACUGACAAGCAGCGCAGGCAGGCCAAGCAGCAUGGCGAGGGCAAGGUGACCAUCAGCAUCGGCCAGCUCGUGGACGAGUACAAGGCGUUGUUUUAG